AAAUGGCCCCAACAAGAAGACCCAGCGAUGGGCUAUUGGCCCGUGUCAAUUUCCCCCUUUAUGCCGUUGAUAUGCUGACCAGCCGUCAUGUUUUGGUGGCUGGUGGCGGUGGAGCCAGUAAAACCGGUGUGGCCAAUGGAUUUGAAAUCUAUGAAAUCUAUCAUAAUGGCCAACACUUCUGUGCCCAAGAGGUAAUACGCCAUGAGACGGGUUCCAAUGUUGUUAUGAAUUUUGCCGUACGCAAUGAUGGCCGUCGUUCGUAUCUGUGUGCCGGCCAAGAGUCCCAUUGUCAAAUGUAUUUUGUCAAUCCACGAGUGGUUAGUGAAGAUGGCAAGGAAGAAAUCUCGGUGACGCAAGAAACCACAAAAAAUCCAGCAGAUUCUCAUAUAAAUGAAAAUGGCGUACGGCAAAGGAGACCUGGAACAUCAGGGGUGGAAGAUGUGGCCAAUGGUCAUGUACCGGGUGGAGAGAAACAGUCGUCGCCAAAGCAAGAUCAAAAUGCCAAUAUCAAGAGGAUAUUGAAAUUUGAUAUCAAGGCAGCAGAUUCAGUACAAACAGAUUUCCUGGGUAAUGAUCCACUGCAAAGGGUGGUGCGCAUCUCACCCAAUGGUCAUAUUAUGGCAACGGGUGGCACCGAUGGCCAUUUGAGGGUAUGGUCAUUUCCACAAAUGCUGAAAACCAGCGAUAUAGAAGCCCACUCGAAAGAAAUUGAUGACAUUGACAUCUCACCCGAUUCCAAGUAUAUCAUCACAAUCUCAAAAGACGGCCAAGGUUUGGUAUGGGAUGUGGCAACAUCGAAAAAGGUAUUCGACUUGAAAUGGGCCACACCUGAGGGUGCAAAAUAUCUAUUUAAACGCUGCCGUUAUGGUACCAUCGAGGCUCAACGUGAUAAAUAUCGUCUAUUUACCAUAACAAAUCCGUUGGGUAAAGUGGGAAAACAGCGAGGCUUUCUUCAACAAUGGGAUUGUACUAAUGGUAAAUUGCGGAUAGCUGUUGGCAUCGAUGAAAGUUUGGCGUCUUUGGCCGUGAGAGAUGAUGGUCGUUUUGUUGCCGUGGGCACUAUGUUUUCGGGGAGUAUCUCCAUGUAUAUUGCUUUUAGUUUGCAGCGUGUCCUACACAUACCCAAUGCUCACUCAAUGUUUGUGACUGGCUUACAAUUCUUGCCUGUAACCAAUGAAGAGGGCCCACCCAUAUCUAGUGAUACCGAGGCGGCCGUACUCUCUAUAUCGGUAGACAAUAAAGUUUGCAUACAUAGCUUACAGCAUAGACGUACAAUGCCAGCUUGGUUAGCAAUAAUACUUAUUGUAUUGGUACUAUUUGGCGCAUUUACAUUAUGCUCAUUUUUAGGACUGUAA